AUGUCCGGCUCUGGCUUUGGUAGAAGGACCACUAUCCACCGCAACGACCCAAAUCGCUUUUUGGACAUCAUCCACGCUCGGUCUCCUCCUCGUGGGUCUCGUACAGGAUCUAGAACAGCUUCACCCAGAUUUAGACCGUCUUCCCCAAUCCCGAUCCCAAACGCGAUACCGAGACUAAGACUGAGAGUGAGGAGAAGAGUUAGUUUCGAGGAACCUGACCCUCCAUCUGCUUUUGAGUAUUUCUCUUCUUCCGCUUCCUCUUCCUCUUCUUCCUUCUUACCUCCAUCACCAUCAUCGUCAUCAUACCUGUCCACCGCCUUCUCGUUCGACGGUAACGACGACGACUUCGACAUCCUUGGCAACGACGACGACCUGGCAUACAACAUCGCGGGCCCACGCGGCGGAAGGGAGGAAAGAGACAGGAUCAGGUCAAGAUCAAGAUCAAGGUCAAGGGAACCGCGAACAAAAACCCGCGUAACCUUAUACCACGGAGUCCGCCAUUUCUACCCCAACCGUAACCGUAACCGUACGCCAUCACCACCACCCCCGCCACCAGUUCCUCCACCACCAGCUUUUCUAGGUUUCCCACCAGUCGGUCGUAUCCGAUACCUCCCCGCCCCAAGAUACGUCCCUGCUCCGAGACGGUUCCCUGCUCCGAGACUACUCAUCCGCCACCCAAACCGCUCUCCGUCCCCUGCUCUUCUUCGGCAGCCUUUUCAAAGGGUACGAUUCCGGCGGGAGGAAGAGCGAGUUGGAGAGGACGAAGACGACAACGAAGACGAAGUGAAUGACAGAAGAUUGAGAAUCGCCAUCAGGACCAUCACUAGUAACAGCAACGGGCUGCGCGCAGGAAGAGAUUUUCGGGGCUUUGACGACGACGACGAAGACGACAACACUACUACUGUGACUACCACCACUGCAUACCAAGACGUAGACGUAGACGCAGACGCAGACGAAAUGCCUAGGGCGGCGUGGGGGGUGUUGUUUGAUGCGGAGGAGAGGCCGACGGAGAGGUUGAGGGAGGUGUUGGCGGCUUUGGGGAGAUGGGUUGUUCGUGAGAUGCCUGGGGGCCGGUCGACGAUGUUGGACAGAGAGGAUCUCAUCAGCCCGAGGAGGAUGAGGAGGUUUUUCGAUAGGUAUUAUAUGAUGGGGCCGAGGGAAGACGAGGAGUGGAGGUAUUGGGAUGUCUUCAGAAAUGAGACCAGUGAUGAAUCCAUAACUCGGGUCCAAAGACUUUAUGACGACCUCGACGUUGAAUACCGUCUUCGCACUCUACCGCGGACCACCGCCGCUUUGCCAUCUCCAUGCCUCACACCCAGAGGUUUUGCCGAGUUCCUGAUCAAGUUGAUCCUCAGCUACCCUGAUAGCCAGCAUCAGUUCCUCUCGAAUGUAUUCAGGAGUAAUCAGAUCACCGCGCCGAUGGACAACCUGAAUAGGUGGGGAGCAAGAGGAGGAGAAGGGUUGCUACCCGGCCAUCUAGACAGAUCUCUCUUCCCAGAGUUUAUGGACACCGCGAUGGAAGCAAGAGUGAGACGGGCUCUGAUGGCAGCUGAGUUUGGGACACCGGGGCGGGUGGUAGAUCGAAGCGACUCGCUAGAGAGACUGAGGGAGGAAAGGGCACAAAGGCAGAGACGAUCUAAUCAAGACAGAGUCCGGGAACGAAGGAGAGCCGAGUAUCAAGGAUAUCGACUAAGAGGCGGCGGUAGCGAUGACGAUGCUGAUGCGGAGCGAGGACGAAGCAUGGAGCGACGUUCCUCAAGCCGAGUGGAAAUCCGGAGCACAUCCCAGGGUGCAUCACCCGGAAUUCAACGAGUGACUACCGUGGUCCGGUCCCGAUCCAGAUCCAGAUCAAGGUCCCGUCGUCGUCGCCCAUCAGAUAAUCCCCAAACCUCAUCGUCAUCCCAAGACCGCAAACCCGACAAUCUCCACGUGCACUUCACCUCUGGAACCAAGCACCCCAAAAGAAAGCGUUCUUCGGCCGCCCUCUCCUGCAAGAGACCGCCAGCCGUCACCAAAUGUCACACCAAGUUCGAAGACUAUAGCUGCCUAUUCCCGCCGCACCCAAUUCCGACAUCCUGCCAUUCACGACCACGACCCAAAACACCCGUUGUUGCAAAAUGUAAACCACCCAAGCCAAAGCCAACAACGUACUACCCCCAUCUGCCACCCGGCCACCCAGCCAUUUCGUUCCCAUCACCUCAUCCAGCUCCAGCUCCAACAUGCCACCCUCCCGCCAGCAGUCAACAAAUCUGCCACUCGUCCAAACCCAAACCCAAAGCCACUUACCGACCCCGUCCCCGACCCGGCUGUGGUCCCGCAAAGACCCGUCCGGAACGCAUCUACCGCGAAGUCCCCAUCUACCACGAGAUCCCCGUGCGCGAGAUCCGCGAAGUCGAAGUCGAAGUGCCUGUUCGCGUCGAAGUUCCUUACAAAGUCCCCGUUCGAGUUCCGGUCGAGGUGCCUGUGAGGGUCAAUGUUCCGGCGCCGUAUCCGGUGCAUGUGCCUGUGCAUGUGCCGGUGCCGCAGCCUUAUCCUGUUUAUCACGGUGGUGGUGGUGGGUAUGGAGGGUAUGGAGGGUAUGGGGGACAUGGAGGAAGGUAUGGGGUGAGGGCUGAUGAGGGACCUUGGUAUCCGUUCAAGGCUGUUACUUGGCAGAGUGGACCGCCUUUUUAG